UUCUCUCCCAUGACUCCAUAAGUCCCCAUUCUGUGAGACUGCGCCUCUCCCUCUCUAUCGUAUAUAACUCAGGAGCCACACUCACUACUCACUCUCUCUGCUUAAUCACUGAACCAUGAGACCACCGAGAGGCGGGGGCCGUGGGCGCGGCGGCGGUGGUUUUAGAGGUGGUCGAGACGGAGGUCGCGGCGGCGGUUUUAGAGGUGGCCGUUUUGGUGGUCGUGGUGGAGGCGGUGGCUUUCGUGACGAGGGCCCACCUUCCGAAGUCGUAGAGGUCUCUUCAUUUGUUCAUGCAUGUGAGGGUGAUGCAGUGACAAAGCUCACAAAUGAGAAGAUACCCUUUUUCAAUGCUCCAAUAUAUCUGCACAACAAGACCCAGAUUGGCAAAGUUGAUGAAAUCUUUGGCCCCAUCAAUGAAUCUUUAUUUUCAAUUAAGAUGAUGGAAGGCAUUGUGGCAACUUCAUAUGCUGCCGGGGAUAAAUUCUACAUUGACCCUGCUAAGCUUUUGCCUCUUUCAAGAUUUCUCACACAGCCUAAGGGACAGGCACAAGCUGGUGGUAGAGGCGGUCGUGGAGGCAGAGGUGGUGGUAGAGGAGGUGGUGGUCGUGGAGGAGGUUUCCGUGGAAGGGGUGGUCCAAGGGGUGGCAGAGGUCCUCCUCGAGGUGGUGGCCGUGCUGGUGGCUUCAGGGGCAGAGGAAGAUUUUAGAACACCAAUGUGUAAUAUUGUUAGUGCUCUUCUCAUUUGCGUUGUCAUUUUAAGAAGCAUUGGGCCAAAAAGAGUCAAAAUUUGAAAUGAUGAUUUUAGCAUUGGCUUUUGGAUGUUAUUGGAAUAUUUGUAAUCCUUUUUCUAAUUGCAGUUGGUACCUAGAAGCAAUUUAGUUCAAGAAUAUUAUAAUUGUGAUUUAGUCAAUGUUCCUUAGAUUUGAUUAGUGGUCCAGUUUUGGCCUGCAUUUGUUGCAAUCCAUUAUGUUCAGAAUA